GUCAUCACUUUCGAUUGUUUUACAGGCAUUAUUAGAAGAAUUUACCCUGAAAGAAACAACAAAAGUUGUAACUUUCAUUAAAACACUACACUCAUGACAGAGUAUAAGCUUGUAGUAGUAGGUGCUGGUGGUGUUGGGAAGUCAGCUCUUACUAUUCAGCUGAUACAGAAUCACUUCGUUGACGAGUAUGAUCCUACUAUAGAAGAUUCGUAUAGAAAACAAGUAGUGAUCGACGGUGAAACAUGCCUUCUAGAUAUAUUAGAUACAGCAGGACAGGAGGAAUACAGUGCAAUGAGAGAUCAGUACAUGAGAACAGGAGAAGGGUUUUUGUUAGUAUUUGCUGUAAAUUCAGCUAAAAGUUUUGAGGAUAUUAGUACAUAUAGAGAACAGAUAAAACGAGUAAAAGAUGCAGAGGAGGUACCAAUGGUAUUAGUCGGCAAUAAAUGCGAUCUUCAGCAGUGUUGGGCAGUAAACAUGGCUCAAGCGAGAGAAGUCGCGCGACAGUAUGGUAUGCUUUUUGUAGAAACCUCAGCAAAAACAAGAAUGGGUGUAGAUGAUGCUUUUUAUACUUUGGUCAGAGAAAUACGUAAAGACAAAGAACUUAGAGAUAAAGAAAAGAAAAAACGUAAUAAAGUCAGUAAUGCCGGACGCAGGAGACAUCGAUGCUGUUUUUUAUAACUUUUUGGAUAACACCAAUAUAUUUUCACUCAACUACAUAUUACAAUGCAGAAAUAGAAUAUAAAAAGCCUUACGUUAUGUCCACAGUGCACAAAUAUUUACAGCUUAUUCUAUAGAAUAUUGUAAUAAUAUACUAGUACAAUUUUUUCUAUACGUUGAGAGAAGAACAAAUUACCUAAUAGUACUGUAUAAUAUUACAUACAUCUUUACUAAUGGAUUUAUGUUUGGUAAGAAAUGUUUACCCGGCAAUUUGCCAUAAGUUUCGUAAUAUUCCAUUAAACCAAAGUGUCUUAACCCUUGAUUGACUGGAAGAGUGAUAACUAUUUGCUUCGUUACAUGUAAUGAUGUUGGCACAUAAAAAACAUUGAAUUUCAUAUGCAUGUUUAUAGAGAAUCGGAAAGCUGCAACAAAUUCACAAAUCUAUCGAAUUUCAUGCAGAGAUUUAUAUUGGCCAAUAUUAAUCGUUAUUUAUACAGGGCAUUAUAAAACAUAUAGAAUAGGCCAAUGAUAAAGAAUUUGUAUUAAAUAACACA